AUGGCUGAACCCCGCAUCGCGUUCAAGGCUGGUCGCGCAUUCCGGCGCGAGGGCACUAACCUCGUCGAUGCUGAUUCGACCAAGGGCGCCAUCAUCUUGCAGAACGGAGACGACGGGCUGCUGCAUUUUAUUUGGAAGAACAGAACUAGUAAUGAGGUGGAGGAGGAUCUGAUUUUAUUUCCGACCGACGCGUCGUUCGUUAAGGUGGAACAGUCGGCUUGGGGUCGGACAUAUGUAUUGAAGUUUGCUUCGUCCAACCAGAGACAUUUCUUUUGGAUGCAGAAUGCAGAUCCCAGCCGAGACACCGAGUUUGUGAGCAAUGUCAACCGACUACUGACCGACCCGCAGACCAUCCCUAUCUGGUGGGCACCCGGGUAUAAUCCCGCCGAAAACUCUCAGGCGUCGACCUCCACUGCAGCAGCAGCAGCGGGCCCUUCUCAACCCGGUACCUCGUCACCGGGUGCUGCUGGUUUCCAACCGACCCCUGAGCAACUGGCACAGAUACAGUCCAUCGUUGCAUCCAUGAACACCUCUGCCACUGCCCCUGCUCCUCCACAGCCAGACCUUUCCCUCACGGACAUCCUCACCCCGGCAACGCUGACCCCGCUUUUCACCUCACACCCCGAGCUCAUCCCAGCACUCUUUCCCCAUCUGCCCGCGGAUUUGCCGACACCGCCGUCGCAGGCAGCUCUGCAGCAAAUCAUCGCGUCGCCCCAGUUCCGGGCGGCAGUGCGGAACUUCGACCAGGCGCUACGGACGGGGCUUCUCGGCGGUUUGGUGAGGGGCUUAGGGUUGCCAGAAGAAGCCGGGAUGGGCAUCGAACCGUUCUUGCGGGCCAUCCAGGAGCAAGCGAGGACGGAAGGGGGGCGGGAGGGCAACGAUAGGAUGGAUACUGACUGA